GCCAAUACAAAAGAAGGAAACAAAAAUGAAAAUGAAAAAAAUGAAUUCAAUCGUACAAAUGAAAUAGGCUCUUCAAAGAUGCUUAAUUUUUUGUUAAUGUUUUUCAAAGAUUCGUUUUCGCAACUUGUGUUUUCUGAAUGCAUUGCCACAGAUUUCGCUUUCGCUUCUGAGUUUUUCGUUUGCUGUUUUGACACAAACCUCGCGUGGGGGCGGGCCUUAGCGGUGAUCUACUCUGAUUGGAUAGUGAGUUGUUGAUUUCCACAACACUAGGUGGCGGUAUGCACCUAUGAAGUUGGUUCGCAACCCGCCAUAAAAUCAUAAGAAGCAGCAGCUACAAACGUCACUCAGUUUGCCGGCGCAUGUUUGAAAGUUGUCGCGGUGCUUUGUAUUAAAUAUGUGAAUAUUUGACCUUCGUUCGUGUCUGUAACUUUAAAGAUGAGCUCUCAGGAGAGACACGGAACGGCAUCAUCUUCCUCCUCCGCUGGUUCUUCAAGGCAGCUUGAAGUCUUUCCCUGGAUUUUUUAAGCGUGGUUCAAAGAGACGGCUACCCAGCUGUAGCAGACCAGCAAAGUUCAACAAACUAUGGAAACCUUUUGGGUUUUCAGUGUUUCUUUUAAACAAAAAUUUAGACAUGGCCCCUUCACCAGCUGAUGAGGUGCAGCUUUUGCAAGCUGGCUUAGGAAAACGGAAUCUUACUAUGCCUGAAGAUUUGACACAUUCAGAGGUCUCUAGCUUGUUCAGUGAUGCAUACCCAAAAAUGAAGUCAGCAUCUGGAGGCUGGCUUCUCUACAAAGCAACUGGUGGACAGGGAAGAAGACGGUUACAUCUAGUUCCUCCAGAGUCUGAAGGCUACUGUGGUAGCACAAUUAGAAGUGCAACUGGAGGGGGGAAAACAAUGUUGUACAUUGUUCCAUUACAGGAUGAAUUUGACCUGUCCCCUCUACCAUCUGAUGCCGAGGAGUUCUCUCAGAUGCCUAAAGCAGAAUGUAAGAAAUGCUCCAAUUCUAUGCCGCUACAGAUUCUUGCUCUGCACGUAAAGGAAUGCAACACGGCAGAUUAUGAGACACUUUCUGACCCAGAAUCAGAGCUGACUAAUCUACCUCCUGAUUCACAUGAUUUACCUUCUGAUAAUGAAGAAAAGUCAGAAGAGGCAAAGUGUCCUGUUUGUAUGCAAAGUUUUCCUGUGAAGGAAUUGGAGCUACAUGCAAGUUUUUGUGGCGAUUUACAUAGUCCUGUUGGCCCUCUAAGCCCUGAUAUAAUGGAGCCACAAAAUGAAGAAAUGUCAAGUGAAGAUGAUGUACUGCGGUGGCUGGCUUCUCAAGUUGACACCUCCAAAGAGUUCAGUAUCUGUGUAUCUAGAGUAAACCUCUUAGAAAGAGGUAUGUCACUGUGGAAACGACAAAAGCUUAGCUCCCCAAUCCACACUUUAAAGGUGACAUUCAUGGGAGAGGCUGGUGUCGACACAGGUGCUCUCCGCAAAGAAUUCCUGACAGAAAUGAUUAGUGGCAUAGAGACUCGUCUCUUUGAGGGAGAAGAUGGUCAAGGAAAAAUUCCCUUAAAUUCCCAAAAAGUACUCAUUAAAUGACCUUGAGAAUGGCCU